AUGGCGUCGACGUGGAUCAUUCGGCUGGUACAAGCCGACAAAACCAGCAGCCCAAUAUUGAUCAAAGUGGCACAAAAGGAAGGCGGUCAUGAUCUCGACCUCGACCUUCUCGCGACUGAUGGGGAAGUGGCCUAUACAGGUAAAGUCAGGCAGCGUAGCCUCAAGAAACUGCGAGGUAGGAAUUAUGACGGAACUGACGAGGACUGGGCCAACACCCUCUCCUCCAUUCUCGGGACGAAGACAGAGACCUCGACUGGCACACAACGGAAGACCAAUCUCGAGGUGACGUGUUCACUAUCAGGCAAGGAUCCCAAAACCGUUUUAUCCAUCACCAUCAACAAUCGAGUCGAGGACAUCACACAGCGCCUUGGGAGUAUCGAUCUGUCUCAAACAGAAGACACCGACGAUGUUGACCUCUUCGGUUGGGCGUCGCAGGCUGUCGAGAAGCGGGAUGAGCUACAGGCAGAAGUUACAAGUCUGGAAGAACAGGUCAAGACAAGAGAUGAGGUGAUGGCAAGCCUACAAAGACAGAUUGAUGAGCUGGUCGAAGCCAAGGCGGAGCAUGAAAAGCAAAUGCUAUCUAAAUUUGCUCUGCUCCUCAAUGAAAAGAAGCUCAAAAUCAGAAACAUGCAGCGGAUCUUGUCAACCGCGAAAACAGACCAGAAAAAGCUGAAGGAGCUGCAGGCCGUUAUUGGGAAUGAGGUAGCUGGUGUACCACGACGGAACAAGAGACCAGCGGACGAUGCUGUGGAAAACGAAGACGAUGACAGUGAUGGCUUCGAAACCAGACGUGCGGAACCCGUCACUAAUCCCGAGAGAGAUCCUAGCUCUCCGACUUCUGGUAGCUCAACCCCAACGCCCUCGGAGCGUGACGAGGACACGGAUGAGGACAACUUGGAUGGCCCCCCUGCAUAUUCGAAUCAACCACGAACACGAUCAAUGGUAACAGAACAGGAUGAAGGACAGAACAAGGCGGAAGAUGAUAGACAGACUGAGGAAAAGGACCAAGCUGCAGCGCCGGCGGACGACAACGACGAUGAUGAAACGGCAAGCGAGGAUGACGAACUAUGA